CAUCCUUCAAAGAACAUCACGACAUCCUCCCACCGCCAAACCGCCAACCACCAAAUCAAUUACCAUGUCAAACGACAGGCUAUUCGUCCUCCCGGGCGAGACAAUCGACCCCUCCCUUAUUCCGUCGCACCCCAAAAACCCUCUCCGCCUGGGGCCAGGGCUGCGACACAUCCCGCCCUCCGACAUCGUGCCAACAGUCGCCGGCCAGCUCAUAACCAACCCAGUCAAGAACUUUAUGUCGAUAGAGUACAACUCUACCCACUACAUCCCCUCCCAAGGCGACAUAAUCCUCGCCCAAAUCCUCCGCUCUACAACCGACUUCUACCUCUGCUCCCUCGCACCCUACACCGCGCCCGCCACCCUCCCGCACCUAGCCUUCGAAUCCGCCACCAAGAAAACCCGCCCCAUCCUUUCCCCGGGCCAGCUAGUCUACGCGCGCGUGAGCCUCGCCAACGCGCACAUGGACCCGGAACUCGAAUGCGUUCACGCCUCGACGGGAAAAGCCGACGGACUGGGCCCCAUUACAGGCCCCGGCUGCGUCUUUGACGUGUCGCUCGGCUUCGCGCGACGGCUUCUCAUGGCGCGAGCCGUCGAGGACGGCGGGGUGGGCGUGCUAGAUAUGUUGGGAGGCGAGGAAGGAGGCGGGUUGGCGUUUGAGACGGCCGUGGGGCGGAACGGGAGGGUGUGGGUGGGCAGUGAUAACCCAAAGACGGUGGUGAUUGUUGGGCGGGCGCUGCAGGAGACAGACCGAAGUCGGUUGGGGAUGGAAAGGCAGAGGAGGUUGGUGAAGAAGCUGGUGAGGGAAAUGAGGUGGAGGGACUGAUUGAGUCGGGCACGGGAUCGUGUGGAUAGUAGUCUCAGGCUGGGGCUUUUCAUGCGCCGUUUCUGCGACAUAAGACUGUGUGUGGGGACGGGAGAGCAAGAUAGGCUGGUCGAGAGAGAACAGCAUGGAAAGUGGGUUGCUGUUCGUUGCCCGACAGGCGUGCCUCACUAUGCGGCGUACUAGUCGAUUCCAUACAAAUGCCUCCCAGACGGAGCAGCGGCACCGGGCAUCGUGUUCGUCCGCAAACACAGCAUGGAAACAAACCGAACAUGAAUUUGAGGGGGG